UACAGAGAGUCGAGAACUAAAAUGGCGUCCGGUGCCAUUUCAGCAGAGACCAAGAAGAUAUCGGAUUUGCGCGUUGUUGAUUUAAAAACCGAGCUUAAGCGCAGGAACCUGGAUGUUACAGGAGUGAAAAAUGUUUUAAUCGCACGACUGAAACAGGCAUUAGAAGAGGAAGGUGGUGAUCCUGACAACAUUGAGAUCCCUGCGACAGUUGACACUCCUACCCGGAAGCAUGCAAAAUCCAAAGGAAGGAAAAACGACUCUGACGACGCCGCAAUGGAAGAGGAGGCAUUUUCUAAGGAGCCUGAAGAAGAGGAAUCCGAGAAAGAUGUAACUGAUACCGAUGAUGCUACUCGCGAAAAUACUAAAUCCUUCUCCGACGGGGAUGGCCUCGUCGAUCCCGAGGCGGAGUCAGAGAUUGAGGCCGAGGCAGAGCUGGAGCCCGAGCUCGAGGCAGAGCUGGAGCCCGAGCUCGAGGCUGAGACGGAAGUCGAGCCCGAAGUCCCAGCGACUGAGGCCUCGGAGAGCGAAGCCGCUCCUGAACCCCCUGGCAAAGAGGUCGAAGAUGAUAACAUAUCUGUCACCAUCCAGGCCGAAGAUGCCAUCACGCUGGAUGUGGAUGGCGACGACCUCCUGGAAACAGGUAAACAUGUGAAACUUCCAGAUUCUGAGGCAGACAAGGGCUGCGAGGAGCCGGAAGCCUCUGCCGAGACGAGGCAGGAGGCAGACUCGAUGGCCGAAGCAAAGGACAGCCACAAAGAUUGUAAGAGAGACGACGGCGCGAAGACUGAUGCCAACAAGAAGGACGGCAGGGAGGCCUUGAAGAAAGCUGAAUCGGGAGACAAAGAAAAGGAUUCUGGGAAGAAAGGCCCCUCUUCUGCUGGGGCAGCAGGUCAAGCAAAGAGCACUUCAAAAGACAGAGACGGGAAGGCCACAAAAGAUGAAAAAGCAGGAGUCAACAGCAGCACUAGCUCCACUCGUAACUUGUGGGUGAGUGGGCUGUCGUCCAACACCAAAGCGGCUGAUUUAAAAAAUCUUUUUGGCAAAUAUGGAAAGGUUUUCAGUGCCAAAGUUGUCACAAAUGCCCGUAGCCCUGGAGCUAAAUGCUACGGCUUGGUGACAAUGUCCUCCAGUGCUGAAGUGGCACGAUGCAUCUCCCAUCUGGAUUGCACCGAGCUCCACGGUCAGCAGAUAUCUGUGGACAGGGUUAAAAGUGACCCGUUUAAGAAGGACUCUAAAAAAGAGGCAGAGGAUAAAACCGGAUUCAAUAAAGCAUCAGGGGAUAAGCACAUUUCUAUCGGCCUCAAAACCGCCAGCAAGACUCAAGCCUCCUCGAAAAAGGAAGAAAAGAAACCAGUCGAGAAAGACAACAAGGAAGCUUUUAAGAAACAGGAGUCCAAAAGUGCCAAGUCUGAUGCUCCAUCUUCAAGUUCUGCUUCUGACUCCAAGAAGGAUGAGAAGAAGCACGGACGGAAGAGUCCGGGGAAGAUGCUUAUGCUGGACCUGUCCAAAGGCCAGCAAGGCUUCAACAAACCUCGGCCACCAUUCAGAAGGGGAGGGAGGUUUGACAAGCCUGCUGCUCCUAAUAUGAUGAAUAGACGUCCUCGCUGGCUCAUUCCUCCUGAACAGAUUGAAGCGAUUAAGAAGGGCAGGCCUUUUCCCAACAAAGGUGGUAAUAAGGACAUCCUUCCCUUUGAGAAAAUGAAGGAACAAAGGAUGCGCGAGCGCAUGGUCCGCAUGGAAAGAGUCCGCAGAGCCAUGGAGCUGCGCAGGCGACGCGAGAUGGCAGAGCGGGAGCGCAGAGAGCGUGAACGGCUGCGAGUCAUGCGAGAGCGCGAGGAAAGGGAGAACCUGAUGCGCGAGCGCCAGAGACUGGAGAUGGAGAGGCAGAAACUGGAACGUGAGCGCAUGGAGCGAGAGCGAUUGGAGAGGGAACGGAUCCGUAUAGAACAGGAGCGACGAAAGGAAGCAGAGCGUCUGGCUCGGGAGCGGGAGGAGCUGCGGAGGCAACAAGAACAGCUGCGUUAUGAGCAGGAGAAGCGCAACAACCUGAAGAGAGGCCGUGACGUGGACCACAGGAGGGACGACUCUUACUGGAACGGCAAUAAGAAGAUUCAGCCCGAGUCAGAGGGCCGUAUGAGCCAAUCCUCAGACUACAGCAGCCGUCAGCAGGGUCGCUUCAGUGACUUCAGCUCCAGAGACAGAACACGUUUCCCAGACAGCACUCCAGUUCAGUCCGGCAACUUUGACAGGAGAAAUAGAUUUGAAGGUGAACCAGAGGCUAAGAAGAACCGUCUUGACCCACGGCGCGAAGGUUCUGGGUUUGAGCGCUACCCUAAAAGCUUUGAGGGUGUGCGCCGGGCUGAGCCCCCUCCCCCUUCAGGCCGCUCUGAUCUUCGCGACACGGACCGGAGGGACAUCCGUGAUCGAGACGAACGUCGCCCGGUGUCGAUGCCUGAACGGCCAGCAGGAAGCAGAGCUCCUCCUCCUUCAGCUAUGAGCCACUCUCGCUCGGCCAGAGACACUGGGCACACGGGCUGGAAAAAUGACGGCAGUAUAAGCAGCAAGCCAUCUGAUGUCAGGGGAGCCGUGAGGAUGCGUCCAGAGCACUCGAGCCGAGAUGGGCCGGGCCCUAACAUGAGAGGCGCCUCCUCGGCCAGUCGCGGCAGGGGCACCUUCAGUAGUCGGGAUGGAGGCAGACCUGCAGUUAUGAGCGAGCAGCAUUUCAGCAGCGGCAGGCAGGUGGUGGUGGAGCGGCACAGCCGGGACCAGGGACCCAGAAAGGAGUGGCACAGCAGCGGCUCCCAGAGCGGAGGUUUCCCUGAUAACCGGCGCAUGGGGGAAAGUCGACCUGCCAUGGUGGCGCCACAUUCCAGCCAUUCCUCCAGUGGCGUGAACAGAAUCGUCCAGAUCACAAACGUCCCAAUGAGCGGCAGCAGUGGAGGAUUCAAACCCUUCAAAGGAAGAUUCUAGCAACCCUCACCUCAUUUGCAACAGGAAAAAAAUACAACCCAAUACAUUUUAUAACUUAAUUUUUUUUCUUCUUCUGAGAUAUUUGAUGUUUUUAAAUGGUUGGACUAAAUAUUAUAAACAAGCUUUUUUUUUUUUUUUUUUUUUGUAUAGAGCCUUGUUAAGCUAAAGGUAGGAAUUGUUCCUCAGCUGUUUCCCUGUGAGCUGAAAAAGUACAUGUAACUUUAGCACACCACACUGUACAGGCAGCUUGUGCAGUUUGAUUUUUUUAUUUUAUUUUGUACAUAAACUGUUUUGACAAAACAAAAAGGGAGACUAAAGACUCACCUGCUUACUUUUGUUUAGUGUUUAAUAAUUCUCAUCCUGCACUGCUGAUUUCAGUGUCUCCUUGUGUUUCUAUUUUAAAUUGCUAUUUCUUGAAGAGUUUAAUCAUUUGUCUGAGAGGAAGAGGGUGUGUGGGUGAAGAGCAGUGCAGUAUAAGGAAAUCCCUGUUAUAGGAGUGUGUGUGUGUGUGUGCAGUAGACAUGCUGUGUGUUCUUCCUGUUUCAUGAUGCUCUGGAUUUUCAGCUUUAUUAAAUCCUACAAAUGAAGUGUUUUGUAUUCUGGUAAAAAAAACAAACACCAACACAAAAAUACAUUCUGCUGUGAAGUACCACAAUGCAACAGGUCUCGCUGCGCAUAUUUCUUUAAUCAGAGGUUUUUGUCCUUCGUCUAAGGCUUGUGUAACAGAUAAUGUCCGUCUAACUUUGACACACCAUGUCGGGUUAACUUACACAUUUUGGUCAUAUAUAUUUUUACAUAUACAUACAUUUAACCCAUUUUAA